AUGAAUAGAGAUGAAUACAUACAAAAAACGGAACAGCUUAUCAAAGAAACUAGAUGUAAGAAGUUAGCAAAGGAUCCCACUGAGGGAUACCAGGCCACAAUAAAAGAGACCACAAAGAAAGCUACAAAAAUAAUAAAGCCGAACCAAAUACAUACUUUGACAAUCAUGAAUUCAUCAGCUCCUCCGAUGAAUGCACUACCUAAAAUCCACAAACUAGGCACACCCAUGAGACCAAUCAUAAACCACAGAUCGGCCCCAAGCUAUAAACUAUCAAAACACUUAAAAACUAUACUAAAGGACAACCUUGGAUUGCCCAAUAAGUACACAAUAUCCAAUACAACGGAAUUGAUUGAAAAAAUAAAAGACUCAGCGAUCACGAUGGAUACUAAACUGGUAUCAUUCGACAUAAAAGAUCUAUACCCAUCGAUACCAAUAACGGAAACAAUAGAUAUCGUAUUCAAAAUACUGAUUGAAAAAACAGGAAACAGAGAAAUCGCCGUAGAGAUAACUAAUACACUCAGAACGCCGUUGCAUCAAAAUUACUUCAAAUUUAACAACAACAUAUACAUGCAAACAAACGGGCUAGGCAUGGGCAACCCCACAUCGGCGAUCCUUAUGGAGGUAUUCAUGCAGAAUUUGGAAGAAAGGUACGUGGAGUAUCUUACAUCACAACUAGGAGCGACGUUCUACGCCAGAUACGUAGAUGACAUCAUAUGUCUUAUAACAAAGAAAAAUGAAGGACAGAUAUUGGAAUACCUCAACAAACAGCACAGCAAUAUAAAAUUCACAAUGGAACAAGAAAUGCAAGGAAAGCUAAAUUACUUAGAUCUGACGAUAAAAAUAAAUAAAAGCACCAACAGUCUGCAAUAUGAAAUUUUUAGGAAGCCCACAGCCACAGAUAUAAUAAUACAUAAUACAUCGAACCAUCCUCAUCAGCACAAAAAAGCCGCCUUUAGACAGAUGAUCAAUAGAAUUGAGCGAAUACCACUAACAAAAGAAGGAUACAACAAAGAACUGAACGCAAUAUAUGCCAUAGCGGCUAAUAACGGAUACAAAAGAGAUCUGGUAGAAGAAAUCCGAAGGGAGCACAAAAACAAAAAGCCAAACAAGGAAGAAAACAAUGACAAAAAUUGGGCGGUAUUAACCUAUACUGGAAAGUCAACGUACAAACUUGCAAAGGUGUUCCAGAAACACAACCUUCGCACAUCAUUCAGAACAAAUAACAACGUGGGACGGAUACUACGGGACACCACAAAUCAAGAAGAUCCAUUGGAUAAACAAGGAGUCUAUAAACUAACUUGCAAAUGCCAGCAUAGUUACAUAGGUCAAACAGGACGUAAAAUAAAAACAAGAUUCCGCGAGCAUAUAAGAGACUAUAACAAAAAGACACAGAAACCGAGCGCAAUACCAGAGUCAAAUUUUGCUAACCACAUGUUUAACAACAAAUGUUCACCAACGCAAAUAAGAAAGGCAGCGAAACUACUGCAUAACUCAGUAACGCAAAAGGGUACGUGCAACCAAAAGCAACACCCAAACUCACAAGGGCCAAUACCGCUGCCCAGUGUGCCGCAGCAACCACCGCCUGGCUUUUUGUCGCGAGAUGCGCAGGAUGGAACCGGCCGAGAGACUGCGUGCCGUCCUCGUGCACCGCCACUGCGCCAACUGCCUGUCGCCGCAUCACACGGCGAAGAUUUGCGCAUCUCCCCGAAAAUGCGAACAUUGCCGGGACCGGCUUUAUAG